AUGAAGCGCUGUGCGCUCCUCACCCCCCUGGGCCUCCUCCCCUUAGCCCUAGCCUGCAACAACCCCAAUGACGCCGCGCACUCCUGCGCCUCCGUCUACUCCGUCUCGUCCGUCGCGGCAGCCAGCUUCUGCGCGACGUUUACGGCCUCCACCGUCACCGAGACCACCGGCGUCCCUGACGCAUUCCUCUCCGCCUGCGACUCAAAGGUCAAGCACCUCUCCAGCGCAUGCAGCUGUCUCGGCCCCGUUGACACCGCGACUGCACCGGCGGCCACUAGCACGGCCCCUGCUGCUGUGCCUGUUACCGCUACGGCCACUGCUACGGCCACCGCGGUUGCCACGCCCUCUCAGAUCGCCGUCUCCGUCCCCUCCGCCGCAAGCUCCAGCUCAAUAGCCACCUUCAAGACAGAAGUGAUCUCGGCCUCCAGCUCCAGCUCAUCUGCCUCCGCCCCCGCCACAACCUCCGCGCCCACAAAGGCCUCCGCAACAACAACCUACGGCGGCAACGGCGGCACAACCUGCACGGUAACGGAGUACAGCGACAUUUCCUCAGCCGUCGCCUCCUGCACCAACAUCCUCCUCUCGGACAUCUACGCACCCCCCAGCAGCACAAUCGACCUGCAAGACCUGCAAACGGGGGCAGCCGUCAUCUUCGCCGGCAAAACCACCUUCGGCACAACAGCAGACUCCGACUUCGACCCCAUCGUCAUCUCCGGCACGGACCUCACCAUCACCGGCACAGACGACCACGUCAUCGACGGCAACGGGCAGGCCUACUGGGACGGCCAGGGGUCGAACGGCGGCUCCGAUAAACCAGACCACUUCAUUGUGCUGAAGCACGUGUAUGACAGCGUGGUCGCGAACCUGAAUAUCCAGAACUGGCCGGUGCAUUGCUUUGAUAUUGAGAAUACGGAGUCGCUGACGCUUACGGGGAUCACGCUUGAUAAUUCGGCGGGCGAUGAGCCGAAUGAUAGCUCGGAUGGUGAUGCCGCGGCGCAUAACUCUGAUGGCUUUGAUAUCAAGUCCUCGACUGAUUUGGUGCUGAGCAAUAGCAACGUGUAUAACCAGGAUGACUGUGUGGCUAUCACGUCUGGUACGAACAUUACCGUCGACGGGAUGUACUGCUCCGGCGGGCAUGGGCUGUCCAUUGGCUCGAUCGGCGGGAAGAGCGACAAUACCGUUGACGGCGUGGUCUUCAGCAAUUCGCAGGUCGUGGAUUCGCAGAACGGAUGCCGGAUCAAGACGAACGAGGGCGAGACCGGCGAGGUGGCGAACAUCAAGUAUGAGAAUAUUAGCCUCAGCGGCAUCACCAAGUAUGGUAUCGUUAUUCAGCAGGAUUACCUUAAUGGUGGGCCGACGGGCGAGCCUAGCAACGGUGUUAGCAUCACCAAUGUGGAGAUUACGGACGUUACCGGCACGAUGAGCAGUGAUGAUGGGAAGGACUAUUAUAUUCUUUGCGGAGAUGGGAGCUGUGAGAACUUUACGUUUAGUGGGGUUAGCAUCACGGGUGGAAGUGGUGAUAGCUGCAAUUACCCCGACUCGGGAUGUCCUUGA